AUGACCUCUGUGAGUGCGAAACACCGUGGCCGCGCGGUGCAAGCGGGUGCCCUUCGCGAAGACGUGCUGUCACCGCUGUAUGAGGAGGAAGGUCAACUGCUCGCUCACGUCGCACUCGCCCGCUUCUUCUGCAAGCCCAUCGACCGUCUCAGUGGGCAGAUGAUGGACGUGGAUCCUGUGUCGCCAGGAACAUCAAGCAGUGUUGACGCGGGUGCUGGGCCUUCGAACUUUGGAGCCCAUCGUGUCGCGAGACGCAAACUCAACGAGCUCGACACCAGUGCGAUCAUCCGCGAUGUCAAGCGAUCAUCGGAUCUCCCUAUGGCCGAACGAUUGAACGUCCAUCAGGGGGUGAUCGCGCGGCUCAUCAACGAGGUCGCGAGAUUGCGGGGUGCCCUUCAGGCGACGAAGAAGAAACGUGCUCGGUAUGGGGGUGAUGAAGAUGAUUGA